AUGGGUUUGAACAUCAUCGUUUCCAGAACUCCAUAUUCAAAGAGAAUGAAUCCUAUUUUAUCCAGAGCAGAGGAUCAUAUGCAUCAUUUGUCUGAAAUCAGAUCUGCAACCAGGGAUAUAGAUCCACAACACAAUGCUGGUGAUGUUGAUUUGUUAGCUCAGAUUGGUUAUAAACAAGAACUAAGACGUCAUUAUAGUACAAUACAAGUAUUUGGUAUUGCUUUUUCAAUCAUGGGUUUAUUGCCAAGUAUUGCAUCAACAUUACCUACUGGUUUGGAAUGUGGACCUGCAGGCUUAGUCUGGGGUUGGUUCUUAGCUUCUAUUUUUAUUCUUUGCCUUGGUUUCAGUAUGUCUUUCCUUGGUAGUGCUAUUCCAACCUCUGGUGGGUUAUAUUACUACACCAACUACUAUUGUCCAAAUGCUAUUAGAGUUCCAUUAAGUUUUUUAAUUGGUUGUUCUAAUUCCUUAGGGUUGAUUGGUGCUUUGUGCAGUAUAAGUUAUGGAUUUGCGGUUCAAGUUUUAUCAGUUGUUUACAUUCAACAAGAUGGUGGAUUUGAAAUUACCAAUGCAAAAUGUUAUGGUAUCUUUGUUGCUUGUGUUGUUACCUGUUGUAUAAUUUGUUGUCUAGCUACAAAGCAUGCAGCUUUGUUGCAAACAAUGUCCAUUAUUGUUAAUAUCUUCUUGAUUUUGUUAUUUGUCAUUGCUGUACCAGCCGGUAAAGCCCAUGACUUCAAUUCCCGUGGCUUUAUUUUUGGAAAAUUUGAAAAUUUUAGAGAUUAUGGUACUGUUUGGUCAUUUGCAUUGAGUUGGCAACCUGCAAUUUGGACUAUUGGUGCAUUUGACUCUACUAUUCACUGUAGUGAGGAGGCCAAAAACGCACAAAGAGCUAUUCCUGUUGGUAUCAUUGGGUCGAUUUCAACAUGUUGGCUUAUUGGAUGGAUUCUUUGUAUCGUCUGUUGUGCAUGUAUUAAGGAUGGUGAUGUUGAGAGAGUCCUAAAUUCUGAAACAGGUUCUGCCAUGGCUCAGAUAAUCUAUGAUGCGUUGGGGAAGAGAUGGGCUGUUGCUUUCAUGUCACUUAUUGCCUUUGGUCAAUACUUAAUGGCGAUUUCCCUACUGAUUGCUUUAUCUAGACAAGUUUGGUCAUUUGCUAGAGAUGAUGGUUUACCUGUUGUAUACAAGUGGGUGAAAUACAUUGACCCAAAGAUUAAAGUUCCUGUUCGUGCUACUAUCUUUGUUGGUGUGUUUGCUGUCAUUUUGGGAUUAUUGGUACUUAUUCAUGGAGCUGCUGGUUCUAAUGCCCUUUUCAGUUUGGCCAUCGGUUGUAAUGCUAUCUCUUGGGGUAUGCCUAUUCUUCUUGUUCUUUUACCUUACGGUCGUAAGAAGUUCAUCCCUGGUCCCUUCCAUUUUGGUAAGUAUCUUUCGACAUUUAUUAACCUUGUUAGUGCUGGUUGGGCUGGGUAUGUGAUUACAUUAUGUAUGUUCCCAGAUUCAUUACAUGUUGAUGAAGAGACUAUGAAUUAUACUGUUGUGAUCAAUGUCGGGGUUUGGCUAUUAUCUUUGGUGUACUUCUUUACCUGGGGAUAUAAGUUUUACAGUGGACCCAAGUCCAAUAUUGAUUCUGAGUAUUUGGAAUCGGUUUCAGUAUCAGCAUCAAGCCAAAAAAUGGAUGAAGUCUUAGCUGGUAAGAGCGAUAAGGUUUGA